GUUGGCCAUUCAGCCGGAGCUCAAGUUAUUCGUAUGUUGCAACAAAUGCUUGCCAACAAGGCUUUUAAGGGGUAUAGCAAUACUAAUGCAAAAUGGAUAGCAAGCAUAACCUCAUUAGCAGGAGUACUAAAUGGCAGUACAAUAACUUACAUAUAUGGGAUGAAACCAGAUGAAUGGAGAUACGCUAAAACCAUAAGUCCACUCGGAUUGCUUAGCUUUGUGGUACUAAUCUACGAUUGGCUUGAUAUUCCAUGGCUCAAACGAUACUACAACUUUGGGUUUGAUCAUUUUCAUAUGUCACGAAAGAAAAUAGGUUUUUGGGGCUUGGUUGAUUGCCUACUCGGAAAUGCAGGGCCUUUUGCUUCAAGUGAUUGGGUGAUCCCAGAUGUUACAAUCCAAGGAUCGACCCAAAUCAAUAGCCAAGUCACAACAUUCGCGGAUACAUACUAUUUCAGUUAUGCAUCAAAAGCUACAAAACAAGUCAAAGGGAAAGUAGUACCCAAGAUAUUACAAAGUGGCGACGCUUGGUUACACUUUCAAACCAGAUGGAUGUCUAAAUGGCACUACCCAACACACAUCCAACUUCCUUACAAAGAUUAUAGGGACGAGGAUUGGUGGGAUAACGAUAGUCAACUCAACACAAUAUCCAUGACACAUCCGCGCUUUCCUAGUGAGCACUCUCAUUGCUUCGUUGCAAAUGGUUAUGAAUUUCAACCUAAGCCUGGUGUAUGGUAUUGCGAAAUGCUAGACGCUUAUCACAAUCAGUUUGUAUUGAGCAUCAAAACGGGAUGUCACAUUCACAAAUUAUAUGACACCAUCUCUAAUCGUGGUAGGAACCUCAACAUAUAUACAAAUUAG